AAGUUCAAAAUUCCCAGGAAAUAAAGUUGAACCUAGUAAAGAUGCCCCCCAUUUGAUCGUUAUGGAAACGCAAGACACCACUUCAUUGUCAGAUCUCGACCAGAUGUCGCUGAAAUCCCUGGGGAUCGGAGUGGCUGGAAAACAUGAAAUCAGAAUGGAAAGCGAUAUCGAAGUCGAGUCCUGCGACUGGCAGUUGCUUUUCCACUCGAUCCAGCAAAAGAUUCGCAGGAAGUCCGAUCUGUUGAUAGCUCUAACCCACUUUCUGGUCACCCAGGAGUACCGCCUGCGGAACACCACCAAUUCUACCGAUUCCGGAGGAAGUACCAGUGAAUUGCUGCCCAGUAACUGGAAUCGGGAUGCCCACAGAUACACACUGCACUACAUCGAUCAGCUGGGCAGUCAAUAUGUCCUGUUGGCCAAGCUGAGUCGCAAGGAUCUGGUGAUCAGCCUGCAGAACUCGACGAGCAAACGAAUGUCCAUCGCCUGUUUGCAGCCCGAGAAUAUCGUAAGAUCUACCAGUAAAUCCUAUUUGGAGAAGUGCAUACCGAAGACGGAGAAGAUUAUAGAUCGCCUGCGUUGCAAUCUGGUGGAUCCGGUGGUUCGCGGCACCAAAAGAACGGCCGAGGCACCGUUUUUCGCUCAGAGAAUUCACGAAAAGAAGAAGCUACUCCUCCGGAAUCCACCGCCCUUGCGAGUAACCUUCAACCUCAUCGAGAGCACCCAUGCAUCCGUGGGCAGUGACGAGACCACUUAGAAGUGCUUCUGUUUUAUUUAAAUAGAGAUAUCCCAUUGGAGGAAAUAAUUUUAUUUAAAGGAUAAAUAAAAUAUAGUUUUUAACACAUA